AUGGUAACAACGUCGAAGCCUCCGACAAUUACCGAAGCCAUCAAUCUCAGCAUGGCACUUACAGAAGAAGCCAUCAGACUGAACAAGUUUUCAAUUUCUGAACCAAAGAAAAAGGAGACACAUGUCGAAUCCUCAGGAGAAAACAAGAGGAAGUUCUCGAACUUUAAGAAAAGUAUCGGCAGUGCCAGCAAGAAGAGGGAUACAAACCCGCCAGCUGAAGCAAAGACUGGCAGUGAACACAGGGGGAAAGGAUACAUGGGCACUCUGCCCAAAUGUGAAUUUUGCCAAUAUCAUCAUGCUGGCCAGUGCAGUGUUAGAAAAUGUGAAUCCUGUGGGAAGAUUGGUCACUCAGAGGACACUUGUUGGGUUGGUACUGGCCGUGGUGGCCAAAGGAGAGUUGGUAACAACAACCAUGGAGGUAACGGGAAUGGGAACCGCAUCGGCAGAAAUGGUAAUCGCGGUAACUUUGGGAAUCAAGCAGGGAAUGGUAACCGCAAUCAAAACAACAAUCAAGGCAGUAAUGGAGAUGGUAACGGUCGGGGACCGGGAUGUUUCAACUGCGGAGACAUCGGGCACUUCAAGCGUGAAUGCCCAAAACUUAAUCAAGCUUGUGGAAGGGUAUUCAACAUUGGAGCAAGGGAAACACGCCAGGACCCGAAUGUUGUCACUGGUCCUGGUGCAAAUGGAGCGAAAACGAGUAAUAUUUAA